UAAAAAAUUAGAUAUUUUUGUCAUUUUCUAAGUUCAUUUUGUUCAUUCAUAACACUGCUAUUAAACAUUAGACACAUAUUUUUUUAUCCGACUGUUUGUAUAAAUAUAUUCGCAAUACACCUUCAGUUAGCAUUAGCCUGCCAGACGCCAGAUUCAAACACACUCAUUCAAACAGCGCUUCGCUUUCGAACUGCUGAUUCAUUUAUCAAAUUUACCUUUUAAAAGUCAAACACCCGGUCUCAGUGAUUCAAUUACUGAAAUUAUAUAUUAACUGAGCGUUUAUCUGCCAGAAUAAGUGUGGCAGUUUAUCAGUUUCAGUGUGGAUUUCUGUGGUGCAUCUGAUGCUAGCAGGCUAGUCAGUUUCAGUUGUGCUUCUAAAAUGGAUUUAUUUGAUGAUCUUCCAGAACCUACAAAUCAUCCAGCAGGUCCAGUUAAAGCCAAAAAGCUGGAGCAGCUUGUAGAUGAGGAACGAGGAGAGAAGAGGAAAAGAGAUGUCAACUCGGAGGAAACAGAGGUGGAAGAAAAGAAUCAAGAGGAAAAGAAAGUUUGUAAAGCAGAUCUUGCGAAGCUGAUGGGGUUUGUUGCAGCGAGACGUGGAGAGAGAGAAGAAAUGCAAGAUGCACACGUCCUGCUUCCCGACAUGACUGCCAGUGUGAUGAAUUUACCUUCUCAAGUCUCUCGGCUUGCGUACUUCGCUGUGUUUGAUGGUCACGGUGGAGCUCGAGCGUCUCAAUUUGCUGCUGAGAAUCUGCAUCUGACACUGGCCUGCAAAUUUCCUAAAGGUGAUGUAGAGAACCUGGAGAAGUUGGUGAGGAAAUGUUUGCUGGACACAUUCCGUCAAACAGAUGAGGAUUUUCUAAAGAAAGCAUCCAGCCAGAAGCCCGCAUGGAAGGACGGAUCCACAGCUACAUGUGUAUUGGUCGUGGAUGAUGUUCUGUAUGUAGCAAACCUUGGAGACAGUAGAGCAGUGCUGUGUCGUUUGGAGCAGGCCGAGGAUUCUGUGAAGGGGAAGUGUGUGACUCUGGCUCUAAGUAAAGAACACAACCCCACCAUAUAUGAAGAGCGCAUGAGGAUUCAGAGAGCAGGAGGCACCGUCAGGGAUGGGCGAGUGUUGGGCGUGUUGGAAGUGUCUCGUUCUAUAGGUGACGGACAGUAUAAACGCUGUGGAGUGAUUUCUACUCCAGACCUACGACGCUGUCAGCUCAGGCGCAACGACAAAUUUGUUCUUUUGGCGUGCGAUGGGCUUUUUAAAGUCUUCUCUGCUGAUGAGGCGGCUCAGUUUGUCCUUGAUGUUUUGACGAAUGAGACCGUGGAGACGGAGGGACAAAGUGAGCAGGCGGGGCGAUAUGAGGCAGCUUGCCAGCGAUUGGCCAGUGAGGCAGUGAGGCGGGGCUGUGCGGACAACGUCACUGUCAUUCUUGUCUCUAUUGAGUUCUGAAAUGAUUGCACACACACACACACACACACACACACACAAAC